AUGGACGGCUCCCCGGCGCCAACAAGCGAUACGGAGCCCCAGCGCCCUGCUUCCAGUAGGUGGGCGCGGAUUCUAGUUUCAAUCUGUUCGCUGCUGUUCGGUGUAAGCGCCUGGGUGAGCGUGAACGGACUCUGGGUUCAGAUGCCACUGCUCGUGCCUGUACUACCGGAGGGAUGGAAUCUCGGCUCCGUGCUCGUCAUUGUCAUUCAGGUGGCCAACGUGGGACCGCUGGUUUACACGCUUGCCUGGAGCCACCUUGGGAUUCGUUCCUCGGUGCACGCGACGCUGUUCGUGGGCCUGGCAGCGAGCGUGCUGAUGGUGUUCUUUUGGCGGCGCACAGUGGGCGAGCACAGCGUCGCCUUCAUCGCGCUUGCCUUCUUCCUCGCCUGCGUGGACUGCACGAGCUCGGUGCUUUACAUGCCCUUCAUGGCCCGCUACCCGCCGCAGUUCCUCUUCUG